AUGGAAUUCUUGCCAAUAUGCAUCGAGGUUCUUGGCCCGAUGGACCCCAACACCCUUAAAUUUCUUAUGGAAAUAUGCAAAAUGAUCAGCGUCAGAUCAGGCGACAGCAGGGAACAGUUUUUCGCAACUAACCACAUUUCGUGCUUGUUGCAGCGCUGUACCUUCAAUCCAAGAGCAACUUCAUCAUCAUCUUCGUCUUCGAAAUCUUCUUCAUCAUCAUCCUGUUCUGAAAGUGAUUUUAAAAUGGUUUUCACGGAGAGGGGCAUAUGCUAUCAUAUGGAGACCAGAGAUUUGUAUUAUUCAUUAAUCUAUCCACAUCUAAUAUACUGCAACAUCAUCUGGGGAAACAGCCCUGAAGUUCACUUGAAGCAAAUUACCAGAUGUCAAAAUCGUUUGGUCUCCUAA